AUGGGAGCCUCUGUUGGAAACGCAAUCCAAUUCAAUAAUGGAAUGGGAGUCUCUGCUGGAAACGCGAUGCCAUUCAAUAAUGGUAUGGGAGCCUCUGCUGGAAACGUGAUGCCAUUCAAUAAUGGUAUGGGGACCUCUGUUGGAAACGUUAUGGUGUCUAAUAAUGGAAUGGGAGCCUCUGUUGGAAACGCGAUGCCAUUCAAUAAUGGUAUGGGAGCCUCUGCUGGAAACGUGAUGCCAUUCAAUAAUGGUAUGGGGGCUUUGGCUGUGAACGCAAUCCCAUUCAACAAUGGAAUGGGAGCCUCUGCUGGAAACGUGAUGCCAUUCAAUAAUGGAAUGACGGCCUCUGCUGGAAACGUUAUGGUGACUAAUAAUGGAAUGGGAGCCUUUGCUGGAAACGUUAUGCCAUUCAAUAAUGGAAUGGGAGCCUCUGCUGGAAAAAUAGGACGUAUGCCAGUUGACAGUGGAAUGGGAGCCUCUGUCAGAAAUACAAUGCCAGUUGAUAUUGGAAUCGGGGCCUCUGUUGGCAACGCGAUGCCAGUUGACAUUGGAAUGGGAGCCUCUGUUGGAAAUGGAAUGACAGUUGACAUUGGGAUGGGAGCCCCUGUUGGUAACGUUAUGUCAGCCAAUAAUGGCAUGGGGGUCUCUGCUGAAAACACGAUGCCAGUUGACAUUGAAAUGGGAGCAUCUGGUGGAAACGCAAUGCCUGUUGACAUUGGAAUGGGAGCAUCUGGUGGAAAUGGAAUGACAGUUGACAUUGGGAUGGGAGCCCCUGCUGGUAACGUUAUGUCAGCCAAUAAUGGCAUGGGGGUCUCUGCUGGUAAUGCAAUGCCAGUUGGCAUUGGAAUUGGAGCCUCUGUUGGUAACGUUAUAUCAGCCAAUAAUGGAAUGGGAGCCUCUGUUGGAAACGGAAUGCCAGUUGAAAUUGGAAUGGGAGCCUCUGGUGGAAACACAAUGCCAGUUGACAUUGGAAUGGGGGCAUCUGGUGGAAAUGGAAUGGCUGUUGACAUCGGAAUGGGGGUCUCUGCUGGGAACGCAAUGCCAGUUGAAAUUGGAAUGGGAGCCUCUGUUGGAAAUGGAAUGCCAGUUGACAGCAGAUUUGGAGUUCAAAAUGGAAACAAUGGUUUUGGGGCUAGUUCCGGUGAAAUUAUUCAAGCCAACAAUGGAAAUGGUGGUAGUCCCGGUAGCGAAGCACCUGUCAAUAAUGUAUUUUAA